AUGAUUGAUCUACGACACGGCGAUCACAGGCCAAUCCAGACGAGUGCUGUGAUUGUGCUGAGCGCGUCAAAAUGCUCGUCAAUCCCGCCUCCCUCUCCGCCUACUCCAUCAGCCUCCCCGUCGGCCAAUGAGAUUGGCGACCCCGUCGAUGGCUUCAGCCUCGACAAAGACUCUGUUCGAGAGCAGGCCAUGAUGGAUAGGAGACUUCACAGCGGCAUCCACGUGCUCAACGUCGAGGCGGCCGCGUUGGCAAACCUCACGAAGCUGUACGAGGUUGACGCGGUUGCCCGGAACGGCUUCAAUGCCUCUAUCAAGGCCAUCACUCGGUUGGCCAAAACCAAGGGCAAGCUGGUCAUCAUGGGAGUGGGCAAAUCCGGCCACAUUGGAAAGAAGCUCGUCGCUACGUUUCAGAGCUUGGCCAUUCGCUCCGUUUUCCUUCAUCCAACCGAAGCCCUACACGGAGAUCUGGGCAUCGUGGGCCCGGAGGAUACACUCUUGUUUAUCACUUAUUCCGGAAAGACGCAGGAGCUUCUCCUCACAUUACCUCACCUGGAUGAGCGGCUCCCGACCAUUCUCCUCACCUCGCACAUGAGACACGAAACCUGCGAGUUUAUCAAGCACCGGCCCAGCACGAUACUGCUGCCAGCGCCCAUCAUCGAGCCCGAAAAGGUAUCGUUUGGGGUUUCGGCUCCCUCAGCAUCGACCACCGUUGCCCUUGCGCUGGGGGAUGCGCUGGCACUGACGGCCGCCCACGAGCUUCACGCCUGUGUCUCGACAAUGUUUGCCAAAAACCAUCCCGGCGGCGCCAUUGGUGCUGCGGUGGCGAUGGCCGCCCGGGGUCCGACGACCCUGGGUCACAUCCUCGUCCCAUGGGACGACGUUGACGAUGCAAGUGAGCUGAGCAGCGAAGAUCUCGCGCUGAGUUUGCUUCGGACAGCGUACAAGUCCAAGACGGGCUGGGUCCGAGUCGGCGACCAGAUCGCCGUCCCGAGCAGGAUUCGAUCCUUGAGUGACGCAGACAUGGUGAGACCAAUCAAGGACGUCACGGGCCUCGUCGUGUCCCGUCACCAGAUGCUGGCCAUGUCGUCCGAGACGACGGUCCGCCAGGCGCGGCAGAUCUUGCAGGACAUGCAGUCGCAGAUUGUCGACGAGCAGGACCAGGCAGCGUCCAUCAUUGCCGUUACCAACAACGGGAGCAUCAUUGGCGUUUUGGAGGCUGAGCGAGUACUUGAACACCAGGAGGCGUGA